GGGAAGGGGGCGCCGGGGAGGCUCAACGCUUCACUCCAGCCCGGGGCCCCUGGGGCAGCCAGGCGCGGGUCACGCAGGAAGAGGGGACAGCUCCGGCUUCCAGCUGCUGUCGUCGCCGCCGUCACAGUUUGAGGAGGGGUAUUUAAAGACCGGAACCCCAGCUGGGCCAGGGGAGGAGCAGGAAAGGGAGACGGGCGGCUGGGAUUGCAGACAACCCGGGAGUCGCGUCCACCCGGGAGCCGGACGGAGCGGAGCGCCAGGGACAGACCGGGCUGCGGGCGCUGGAGGCGCGAGGGGAUACUUUGUCCUUCUCUGUCCAGCUUCCUCCCCAGCCGAGGUCCGAGAGCGGCAGGGGAGGGGCCUGAGCCGGGAGGGGGCACAGCUGUCCCAGAACAAAGCGUGGACCGCCACCACCCCCCGCACCCCUUGGAUCCCAGAUGGCAAAUUCUAUGAAUGGCAGAAAUCCUGGUGGUCGAGGAGGAAACCCCCGAAAAGGACGAAUUUUGGGCAUUAUUGAUGCUAUCCAAGAUGCAGUUGGCCCCCCUAAGCAAGCAGCAGCAGAUCGCCGGACUGUGGAGAAAACUUGGAAACUGAUGGACAAAGUGGUCAGACUGUGCCAAAAUCCCAAACUUCAAUUGAAAAAUAGCCCUCCAUAUAUACUUGACAUUUUACCUGAUACAUAUCAGCAUUUGCGACUUAUACUGAGUAAAUAUGAUGACAACCAGAAACUUGCCCAACUCAGUGAGAAUGAAUAUUUUAAAAUCUACAUUGAUAGUCUAAUGAAGAAGUCAAAACGGGCAAUAAGACUCUUUAAAGAAGGCAAGGAGAGGAUGUAUGAAGAACAAUCACAGGACAGACGAAAUCUCACGAAACUGUCCCUUAUCUUCAGUCAUAUGCUGGCAGAAAUCAAAGCAAUCUUUCCCAAUGGGCAAUUCCAGGGAGAUAACUUUCGUAUUACCAAAGCAGAUGCUGCUGAAUUCUGGAGGAAAUUUUUUGGAGACAAAACUAUUGUACCAUGGAAAGUAUUCAGGCAGUGCCUUCAUGAGGUCCAUCAGAUUAGCUCUGGCCUGGAAGCAAUGGCUCUGAAAUCAACAAUUGAUUUAACUUGUAAUGAUUACAUUUCAGUUUUUGAAUUUGAUAUUUUUACCAGGCUAUUUCAGCCUUGGGGCUCUAUUUUAUGGAAUUGGAAUUUCUUAGCUGUAACACAUCCAGGUUACAUGGCAUUUCUCACAUAUGAUGAAGUUAAAGCACGACUACAGAAAUACAGCACCAAACCUGGAAGCUACAUUUUCCGGUUAAGCUGCACUAGAUUGGGACAGUGGGCCAUUGGCUAUGUGACAGGGGAUGGCAAUAUCUUACAGACCAUCCCACAUAAUAAGCCCUUAUUUCAAGCCCUGAUUGACGGGAGCAGGGAAGGAUUCUAUCUUUAUCCUGAUGGAAGGAGUUAUAAUCCCGAUUUAACUGGUUUAUGUGAACCUACACCCCAUGAUCAUAUCAAAGUUACACAGGAACAAUAUGAAUUAUAUUGUGAAAUGGGCUCCACUUUUCAGCUCUGUAAAAUUUGUGCUGAAAACGACAAAGAUGUCAAGAUUGAACCUUGUGGGCAUUUGAUGUGCACCUCGUGCCUUACAGCCUGGCAGGAAUCAGAUGGCCAGGGCUGCCCCUUCUGUCGCUGCGAAAUAAAAGGAACAGAGCCCAUCAUCGUGGACCCGUUUGAUCCGCGAGAUGAAGGCUCCAGGUGCUGUAGCAUCAUUGACCCCUUUGGCAUGCCUGUGCUGGACUUGGACGAUGACGAUGACCGUGAGGAGACCUUGAUGAUGAACCGGUUGGCAAAUGUUCGAAAGUGCACUGACAGGCAGAAUUCACCAGUCACAUCGCCAGGAUCCUCUCCCCUUGCACAGAGAAGAAAGCCACACCCAGACCCUCUCCAGAUUCCACAUCUAAGCCUACCACCAGUGCCACCUCGCCUGGAUCUCAUUCAGAAAGGCAUAGUUCGGUCUCCCUGUGGCAGCCCAACUGGUUCGCCAAAGUCCUCUCCUUGCAUGGUGAGAAAACAAGAUAAACCACUCCCGGCACCACCUCCUCCCUUAAGAGAUCCCCCUCCGCCUCCACCUGAGAGACCUCCCCCGAUCCCUCCAGACAACAGACUGAGUCGGCACUUUCAUGCUGCGGAGAGUGUGCCCUCCAGAGACCAGCCGAUGCCUCUCGAAGCCUGGUGCCCUCGGGAGGUGUUCGGGACUAAUCAGUCCGUGGGAUGCCGACUCCUAGCGGAUGGCUCUCCAAAGCCCGGGAUCACAGCCGGUUCAAAUGUAAAUGGGCGGCACAGUAGAAUGGGCUCUGACCCAGUGCUGAUGCGGAAACACAGACGCCAUGAGUUGCCUUUAGAAGGAGCAAAGGUCUUUUCCAAUGGCCACCUGGGAAAUGAAGAAUAUGAUGUUCCUCCCCGGCUUUCUCCUCCUCCUCCAGCUUCCACCCUUCUCCCUAGUAUCAAGUGUACUGGUCCAUUAGCAAAUUCCCUUUCAGAGAAAACAAGAGACCCAGUAGAGGAAGAUGCCGAUGAAUACAAGAUGCCUUCAUCCCAUCCUGUUGCCCUGAAUCCACAACCAUCUCAUUGUCAUAAUGUAAAGCUCCCUCUUAGGUCUUGCGAUAAUGGUCACUGUAUAUUAAAUGGAACACAUGGUACAUCUUCAGACAUGACAAAAUCAAACAUCCCUGAGUUAGGCAUAUAUUUAAAGGGAGAUGUUUUUGAUUCAGCCUCUGAUCCAGUGCCAUUACCACCUGCCAGGCCUCCAACUCGGGACAAUCCAAAGCAUGGUUCUUCACUCAACAGGACGCCCUCUGAUUAUGAUCUUCUCAUCCCUCCAUUAGGUGAAGAUGCUUUUGAGGCCCUCCCCCCAUCCCUCCCGCCUCCCCCACCCCCUGCAAGGCACAGUCUCACCGAACAUCCAAAACCUCCUGGCCCCGGUAGCCGGCCACCCUCAGGACAGGACCUCUUCCUUCUUCCUUCAGAUCCCAUUUUUGAUCCAGCAAGUGGCCAAGUUCCUUUGCCUCCUGCUAGGAGAUUACCAGGUGAACAUGUUAAAUCCAAUAGAACAUCACAGGACUAUGAUCAGCUUCCUUCAUCUUCAGAUGGUUCACAAGCACCAGCCAGACCUCCUAAACCGCGACCCCGCAGGACUGCACCAGAAGUUCACCACAGAAAACCCCACGGGCCCGAGGCAGCAUUGGAAGAUGUCGAUGCAAAAAUCGCAAAACUCAUGGGAGAGGGUUAUGCCUUUGAAGAAGUGAAGAGAGCCUUAGAGAUAGCCCAGAAUAAUGUCGAAGUGGCUCGUAGCAUCCUUCGAGAAUUUGCCUUCCCCCCUCCAGUCUCCCCACGUCUAAAUCUUUAGCAACCAGGACUGUAAACACCAAAAUGUAAAGCAUUCCAUGAAUAUUCCAGGAGUGUGGAAAGGAGAGAAGUGAGAUGGAAUUCUGGUGAGGGGGUGUCUCCUCUUCACGUGGCAUCUUGAGAAGAGAGAGGCUUGGAAGCACUGCUCCUCAGAAGACUUGCUCAGGAUGUCAGCGGGUGCGGCUUCCUUAUUUUUGCUAGCCAUACUUUUAAAUCAGGGUUGAACUGACAAAAAUAAUUUAAAGACGUUUACUUCCCUUGAACUUUGAAUCUGUGAAAUGCUUUUCCUUGUUUACAAGUUGGCAGAACUGCAGUUUGUUUCUGUUUUGGGUUUUUGGUUUUGUUUUUUUUAAUACCUGUACUGUGUUCUUGAUGGACCCUUUGUGGAGUGGUCAGGUCUGCUGUACCAUUUCCCUUCAGCUCCCUUGCUGUGCACAUCAGCAGCUGCAUCACAUACUCAUUUUGAUCUCUCCCAUCAUGCCCACCCCCCCACUCCCACUGAGGUCCGAUACCAUUUCUCCCAUUUACAAGAUGCUUUAAAGGUUCUGAUUUUCAACAUAUCAAACUAAUGCAAAAAAAGUGUGUGGCCUUCACUACUGAGUCUUUUCAUUAGAUACCAUCGCUGUUGAGAGAUGGGAAAAAUCUGAAUGUAUAAAGCAUUUUUUUUGUCAAUUAACUGUCUUUUAUAAGGGGUUUUCAUAUAAUAUAGAGGAGUGUCCCUUUUUAGUGUAAGUUUUGUGAUCUUUAAUUUGCCAUGUUUUAGUCCUCGUCAUCCCAGGGGUAUCACAACUCUGAAAACUUUCUACACUAGAGAACAGCUACUGCAGGUGCAAGGGGAAUCCACUUGCCCAUGACAAUGCUGUACUGAAGUUAUACAAGGAGGCUCCCAAUGCUGAUGCCUGCAUUACUUUGGGGCGUGCUGAAUAAGAGGGCCAUCUUCCUGAAAUGUAUUAAUAACUGCCAGGCGAAAUUAUGGUCUUCCCUCCCCAAAAAUGGAGAAGAAAGCAUUUCCUAAUCGAGUCAUUUCAUGCUGGUACCUAACUGGCUUAGGAACGAGCACAUACAGUGGUGGAAACGUUCGAUCUUGGAUGCACUAAAGUGUUGAUGCUACUGUGGCAAAAAUGGUUUUUGUUUUUUUUCCCAAAGUUCUUAGUAAUUUUCUCUCGGCAAUCAAAUUAGACUUCAUAUUUAAUUUGUAGAUGAUCUCAUUCAUUGCUUCACAUUGCUACAUCCAGUCAGGUGAAAGAAAUUUAUGUAGUUUUGCCUUUGUUGCAAAAUGGAGGUUGGUUCUUCAGAAACCAUGUUACUACUUUUAAUACGUCAACAAAUAUUUAUUGAACAUUUAUGAUGAGCUUGGCACUGUUAGCCACUAUGUUUUAAAAGCACAAACUAUUGCAAGCUGACUCCAGUAUAAUGUUUUGUUAUUCCUUAUCUGCGCUUUUAAUGGUGAAAGUCUCUCUGAUGGACAAAGCCUGCAAGGUUUCUACCACAGCUUCAAAAUUGUCAAGAAAUUUGCAUUUUUUUUUCUAUUUUUAAGUCAGUGGAGAAAUGAGACAAAAUCAGGUCUGUGUAAAAUGGCUGAACCCACAGAGGGUUUUCUAAAUAUGGACUAAUUUCAGGUUUGUGCACUUUUCUACCACUUCUCUCUUAACUUCAGCGUGAUAUAAAAAGAUGCAUUUGAUUGUGAGCCUCUUUGGGAUCUGAAAGGACACGACCAAACAUCUAACAGGUCCCACAGAAGUCAAUGUUGUGCAAGAUUUGUGUAGUUGCCAAGUUGACCUGGGGAGGGGAACUAAUGCAUUACUUUGCAAAGGGACACAUGCCCUUACUUGACAGUUUGACUAUCAUGCUAUGAGUACUUGAGGAAUCACAGGCUGUGGGUAGUUUGUGCUGGUGUUUUAAUUUCUUUAGGUGAUUCUGAGCUGAUUAAUGUCCCUGUAGGAGAAUUUCUAAUUUACCUUAGAUAUUCUUCCUGUGAAUAGGUAUAUGAGUGCAGGGUUUUUUAAAAAUACUUUUUAAACUUGAAUUGGCUAAUUCCUCAUCACUUUAUAAAGUCCAUGUUCUGUCCUCAUGAUUAUUCACUUAUUUGAUCAAUUUCUGAUUCACAUUGGAAUAGCACUGCAUAUUAUGGCUUUUUAAUGAUAUUCUGAUCAUAGAUACAGUCUAAAAGCCAAAAGUUGCCACUUCAUUGUGAUAAAAUACUAACAUUCUUAAUAGAUUAGGAAAUGAAUGUAAAACACAAAUUUUAGAAAACAUAUUUUAGAAAACAUUCUCAUUUGAUUUUCAAAUAAUGUGUGAAAAUUCCCAGUGAGAAUUAGAAAAAGAAAAGAUUGGUAAUGAUAAAUUUAGACCUGAACUUUUCUUAAAAUCUGUUUUGCAAAGAAAAUUUACUAGCCUCCACUGAAAUCUGUGCAUCCAGUACUUAACAGCAACCAUUAGUUUUAUCAUGAAAAAGAAUGAAAAACUUACAGAAUAGAAUGGAAUGUGGGAAUCUUGUUAUCAACGUUGUCAUGAAAAACCCCUUGCUACCUAUUACCUAUGACAGACCAAACUCAUUUUUUGAGGAGAUAAACCAAAACACUUUUUUUUAUCAAAGUUACUACCCAUUAAUGGUUGGAAAUGCUCCAGACUUUCACUGUGAUCUGAAAAGUAAAACAUUCUUUCCACUUCUCAAGACUUGGUAAUACGAUUAUUAAGCCUGUACACCAUACAAUCCAUAUAAUUCAAACAAAUCAUGACCAACAUUAACCUGCUCUCCCUGUCUCCCCCAACAUGUUGUGGGGGUAUAAGUAUGUAUCCUCAAUGACAGUCCAGUAAAUUUAACCUGCAUAGUCUUUAUUCCUCCCUCGAUGUCUAUAAUAUCCUGGCCAGAUUUUCUGGACUUGAACCAGAGCAGUAGUUAUGUUUACCUUGAACUUUCUUCCACAGACCUUUAGCCCUUCUUGUCCAUUUCCCCUUGCACACAUUGGAAAUAGUCUUAAUAACAGAGCCCUAAUUCAAGGUCAGAGGGCCCAUUUGUUAACUCAGUAUUUCACACCUAAGAAGACUUGCAAAUAUUUCUUCAUAAUGUGAAUUUUUCUUUUUCAGUUCCAGAAGCAUUUCCUACAGUUUGGACAUUAUUUUUCCUCUCAGAUUGCAACUUGAAGUUUUAAUUUGCACUGAAUUAUCUAGCCUGGUUACAAUUUUAUUUUGUUCUCUUAAGAUGACGGAUUUAGAAGCAAAUUACAGUAUAUUUUCAAUAAUACAGGUACUGCCUGUUGACCUGGAAUUUUAGUGCUUCUAGGAAAAGUUUAAGCAAUUGAGUGAAGGUUCUUAUGUUUUUUUUCCCAAUUACCAUUUUAUUUUUUUAAUGUCUUUUUUAAACUUGUCUGAUGUGGCAAAAUAGUUAUGUGUUCAAUUAAUUUAUAUUUUAUUCAUCCUUUUUCAAUUCUGGUUAUGUAAACUCAAGUACUUUAUCUGUUCUUUUAAGGUAUUUUAUAAAAUGAACGUUAACAAAAAA